UCAACAUAGACCGGUUAGAACUCAAGAAAACUGCCGUACUGAUCAUGCGAACCUCGUAUCAUCAGCUCCUUGGUUCAAAUUUCCAUAUCCUUUGCAAUGGGGGGGCUCCAACAUUCCACGCGGGUCACACAAUUGCUAUGAUGGCUGCUGUGUUAGUGUCUCAGGAAGAGUCGACUACGGCGUACAAAGCAGCCUGACGUUUAGCUAUCGCAACUCCACUGCUGCCUAUGUUUUGAGCAGAGGCAUCGGCUGGCAGCUACCAAUCUACUCGCGAAUGGGGAAAUCCGGUGGCCGGAAGAAAAAAUCCGGCACCUCCUCAGACCAAGUAUUCACUACAGCCGCUUCUCUGCCGACCGCCAAUCAGCAGUCGAAUGGCCCGGCAAGCGACGCCGCUAUAUUUCUGAAACGCGCUCACGAGCUCAAGGAGGAAGGUAACAACCGUUUCCAAAUCAAGGACUACGCAGGCGCGCUGGAGCAGUACGAACUAGCCCUCAAACUUCUCCCACGCGGCCACCCGGAGCGCGCCGUCUUCCACUCUAACCGAGCUGCUUGUCUUCUUCAGAUGCGGCCGGUUGAUCACGAGGCCGUCGCCGCUGAGUGCUCGCUCGCUCUUCAGGCUCAGCCGCGUUACUGCCGCGCCCUCCUCCGGCGCGCUCGAGCGCUUGAGGCACUCCGACGGUAUGAUCUCGCACUUCAGGACGUCAACUCUUUGCUCACGCUCGAACCCUCGCAUUCCGAUGCUCUGGAUCUCGCACGCCGACUGCGUGCUGCUCUUUCCGUUUCUCCCGCGCACCAUGUGGAACAGUGCAUCGCUAGCCGCCCCUCACCCGCUGCUCUGGGUGCUUCAGCUGUUCGAGCUACUGCCCCCAUUGCGGGCCUUGGACCCUGCCUCCCCUCUCGCCCUGCUACCAAGAAACCUUCUUCUCCUCCACCGCUGCAAAAGAUUGUGGUAGAGAAAGAGAAAACUCCGGUGGCCAUCUCUCUCCCCAAUGGUCCUCAGUUGAAAUCAGAAUCUUCAUCUCCAGUUCUCCUCAGGCCCGCUUCAAGGGCAGACUAUGGGAACAAACUUUCUUCUGAAGGGGCUGUGAAAUCUUUGACCAUCACCAGAAUGAGACCACUGAAGCUGGUUUAUGAUCAUGAUAUACGCCUUUCUGAGAUGCCAAUUAAUUGCAGUUUCAAAACAUUGAGGGAAAUUGUGGCAAAGCGGUUUCCAUCUUCAAAAUUUGUUCUUGUCAAGUACAAGGAUUUGGAGGGUGAUCUUGUUACAGUUACAAGCACACGGGAGCUCAGGCUGGCAGAGUCUUGCGCUGAAGAACUUAAUGGAAAGAAGGCACAGGAAGGGAAUGGGGAGGCAUCAAAGGGAAAGCUUCAGGUGUUAAGGCUGUACGUUGUGGAGGUGAACCCUGAGCAAGAGCCUUCAGUAUCUGAUGAAGAGGUGAAUGAUACUGAGAAGGAGGUGUUGUUGAAGGAUGAUGAGAAUCCUUCGCCUUCUUUGGUUGGGGAUUUACCUGCAGCGGGAGAGGAUGAUUUUGCCAUGAAUAAUACUUUUUUCAAACAGGUGGUGAAGGAGAAAGAGCGGAAGGGCUGUGAUCAUUCUGAGUGCAAGGAAGUUGAUAUUGAUGAUUGGCUUUAUGAGUUUGCUCAGCUUUUCCGUCAGCAGGUUGGCAUUGACCCAGAUGCACACUUGGACCUUCAUGAGCUUGGAAUGGAGCUGUGCUCUGAGGCACUUGAGGAGACAGUAACGAGUAAAGAAGCUCAGGCACUUUUUGAGAUUUCUGCUGCUAAAUUCCAGGAGGUGGCAGCACUUGCCUUCUUCAACUGGGGCAAUGUACAUAUGUGUGCAGCAAGAAAGCGCAUACCUUUGGAUGAGUCUUUGCCAAAGGCAGCCAUGGCGGCUCAACUUCAGGAAGCUUAUGAUUGGGUUAAAGAAAGAUAUGAUCUUGCUGGACAGAAAUACGACGAGGCUCUUAAGGUAAAGCCAGACUUCUAUGAAGGAUUGCUUGCACUCGGACAGCAACAUUUUGAGACUGCAAAGCUGCAUUGGUCCUUUGCUCUAGCUAGCAAAGUGGACUUGACAACAUGGGAUUCUUCUGAGACAAUCAAACUUUUUGAUAGUGCAGAGGAGAAGAUGAAGGCUGCAACUAUGAUGUGGGAGAAGGCAGAAGAGCAGAGGAUUAAUGAACUCAAAGACCCGAGCUUGAACAAAAAGGAUGAAUUUCUGAAGAGGAGAAAGAAACAGGGGGUGAUAGUGGAUGGUCAAGGAGAGCUAACUGCUGAGGAGGCAGCAGAGCAGGCUGCAGUGAUGAGAUCUCAGAUACAUCUGUUUUGGGGAAACUUGCUUUUUGAACGCUCUCAAGUUGAGUUUAAGCUUGGGUUUGGUGAUUAUAAGAAAACUCUUGAUGGAGCUGUGGAGAGGUUCAAGCUAGCUGGAGCGUCUGAAGCAGACAUUUCUGUUGUUCUGAAGAACCAUUCUUCAAGUGGAGCUAGUGCUGAAAAAGAUGAGAAUAAAUUUGAAAGUUCCAAUUUUGAUAACUUUAAAGUUGCUCAAAAGGUUGAAGACAAGAGUGAGCUGAAAAUUGACUAAAUUCAGCUUAUAUGAUAGCUGAAUGCCGGCGGGUUUACUUGGUCAAGAAGUUGUCCUUUUGACAGUCCCUAGUAGUGCUGCACAUAGAUUCAGACUUGUGCUGCAGUUUUACUCUUCUACAUUGGAUAGAACAAAUGUUGAAUGGACCAGGUUUGUUUAGUCUGAACAAUUUAAAGAAUAUAUUUUUAUGCAAAGUUUGAAAGCAUAAUUGUUCUAAAACAUUGACAAGCAGCUAUGUGUUUGAUGGCAAUUUUGUAUUAUUAACCAAUGUUUUAUCAUAAUCAAUAUAGUCAUUCUGGCAUUUUCCUUUCAAACUUUGCAUCCUCCUCUUACGUGGGUGCUUUUUGUAACAAUCUUUUAUUUGG